AUGGGUUUGACGACGGUCGCCCCUUCAGGGAACCUCUCCCUCUUCGUCCCCUUUCGGAGAGUGACCUACGGCUGCGUCGCCGGUCUACUCGCCUCGUCCCUGAUCUUCUUCUUCUUCUCCUCCGGCCGCGACGGCAAUCCCAACGUCAUCGCCGCUUACUCCCCUUCUAAUCUGCUUUCAUGGUUCCUACCAGCGCCACCGAAUAACGGGUCGGGUCAGCUCGAUCUGACGAAGAAGAAAGGCAUCUCUUGGAGAGGGAACAGAAGCUCCGGUCAUGGUCAGUCGGAGGAAUCCCAUAAGGCUGUGGACAUUCACCGUCUUCAGAAAAGCUGCGACAUCUUCAGCGGCCGGUGGAUCAGAGAUGACAGAAAGCCUCUCUACGAUCCGGGCUCUUGCCCCAUCGUCGAUCCGACCUUCAGCUGCCACGAGAAUGGAAGACCUGAUCAGGAGUUCUUGAAUUGGCGUUGGCAGCCCAACGACUGCGACAUCCCGAGGUACGGUCUUGUCCCAGAGUACGGAAGAAUCAGAUGGGUAGAUUGAUACAAGAGAUUUUAUCUUAUUCCCAAGCUGCUGUUUCUGGGGCUAAUUUUCUCAUUCGCUGGAUUUGGGUAGGUUGAAUGCGAAAGAUUUUCUGCAGAAAUUAAGGGGUCAGAGGUUGGUUUUCGUCGGCGACUCGUUGAGCCGAAACAUGUGGGAGUCUCUGGUCUGCAUCCUUCGGAACGGGCUCAACGAGAGCAGAGUUUAUGAAGAAUCAGGGACCAACGACUUCAAGGCGAGCGAGCACGUCUCCUUCCGAUUCAUGGUAGGCUCGACGAAUCUCUCGAAGGCGUUAUCUUCCGCUGAAUCUCCUUCUCACGCCAUUGCUGUCUCUUUCUAGGAUUAUAAUUGCUCUGUGGAGCUCGUGAGGUCGCCCUACCUGGUGAGAGUGGUCCACACCAAGGCUGCCAAUGGGGAGAGGAUCGAGAGGCUUAGCUUGGACCUCAUGGAAGAAGCGUCCGGCUCUUACCGGGACGCGGACAUCAUCAUCUUCAACACUGGGCACUGGUGGAAUCACGUCAAGACAAAGCUAGGGUAAGCGUUCAAUCUUUUCGUUCAUCGAGCUCCAUUUCUAUGAUUCUGGCUCAAGUUCACUCUCUCUCCGUCUCUCUCGCCGUAUGGAUGACAGAGUUGAUUAUUAUCAAGAAGGCGGCCAUGUGUACCCAGUGCUUCCGGUAAUGGCGGCAUAUAAGAAAGCCUUGUCGACCUGGGCGAGAUGGGUCGACGAGAAUAUCGACCCCAACAAGACUCAGGUCGUCUUCAGAGGCAUCUCUCCUUCUCAUUUCCGGUAAUGUACCCACAACUCUCUCUCUCUCUCUCUCUCUCUCUCGCGCGCGCGCGCGCGCUAAGGAUGAUUAUUUGAUACUGGGUUCCAUGCAUCUGCUUCUGAUCUUCAGAGGGGGGAACUGGAACACGGGAGGGCGCUGCCAUGGGGAGAGGGAGCCGAUCUUCAACGAGACCUUUCUGAGGAGGAAACCGGUGCCGAAGUUGAAGGCGCUGAAGCCGGUGUUUGACCAGAUGAAGACGCCGGUGAUCUUCCUCAACAUCAGUCGCCUAACGGAGUUCAGGAAGGACGCGCACCCGUCGAUCUACGGGAUGAAGUACGCGUCGGCGGCGGAGGCGGUCAACGCGGUGGAGACACAAGACUGCAGCCACUGGUGCUUGCCAGGGUUGCCCGACACGUGGAACGAGCUGCUCUACGCGUCUCUCUUGAUGGCGGGUAGGGGAACCUGGAAGAGCUAG